AUGAUCCCUAGGCUCCUUUCCCUUCUCUGCCUCCGGCUGUGUGUUGGGCAAUCAGACAUUCCGGACAAUGGGCCACCUCCCAAGCCCAGCCUCAGCGCCUGGCCCAGCUCAGUGCUUCCCACCAAAAGCAGUGUGACAAUGCGAUGUAGGAGCCCUGCUCCAAGUGAAUACUUCAUCUUCAAAAAGGAAGGUUUUGUUUUGGAUUCUGGGAAGCCAUAUGAUUUGACAGAGAAGAUGGCUGAGUUUCAUAUCGCUGAGUUACAGCAGAAUGAUGGAGGACAUUACACCUGUGAAUCCUUCAGCAAAUGGUCCAAUGGCACCCGGACACAGCCCAGUGAUGCCCUUCUCCUAUUGGUCACAGGGUACUUGCCUAAACCUUCCCUCCAAGCCUACCACUGGGGCACAGUGCCUGCAGGGAGCCAGCUGAUAUUGCAGUGCCAGAAAGCGGGCAGUGUGCUCGGACCCAUGAGGUUUGCAUUGCUGAAGGAGGGACGCUCAGCUCCUGUGCAGAUGAGGAGCUCAACAGGGACGGUGCUUGACUUCUCCCUUCUGAACGUGACAGCCAGAGACUCGGGGAGAUACAGCUGUGUGUACUACCAGGCAAAGGUUCCCUAUCGGGCCUCAGCCCCCAGCAAUCCCCUUGAGGUCUCUGUGACAGGUAAGGUUUGCUAUCAUUUUCUGAACACCUGUGGGAGGGGGAAUUUCAGCAUUGUUUCUUCUAAUACUGUGAAGAGUAUCAUUGAGAUUUUGAUGCAGAUUGCAUCAAAUCUGUGGACUGCUUUGAGAACAGAGUCCAUGACGCAAGUGGAAAUAUGGGAGUCAGAUUUGGUCAAUCUGUCUGUGGAGGAGGGAUGGCCUCUGUGGCCAGUGAUGAUCAUCUUCUCCCUUUCAGAGCCCCCAGAUACCAUGAGAGAAGGCUACACCGUGGGUAACCUCAUCCGGUUUGGAGUGGCUGCUGUAAUUGUGCUAAUAAUGGGAGGCUUCCUGGUUGAAGCCUGGCAUAGCCAGAGGCUGUCUCCAAAUAGACCCUGGUAAAAUAAUGCUCUUUCUUAUGGGCUGUCGUGUAAUUACGAGGGUUUUCUCCAUCCCAGGUUGACAAAGGUAUAACUGACAGAUAGACGUUGAGUUG